GAUAGAUAGAUAGAUAGAUAGAUAGAUAGAUAGAUAGAUACAUAUAUGGACAAUGGGGUAGCUCCCCAUUGCUACAGCAAUAUUAUUGUUUAGUGAAUUUUUAUAGAAUCAUACAGCGUGGAAACAGGCCCUUUGGCCCAACUUGCCCUUGCCAACCAGCGUGCCUCAUCUAUACUCGUCCUACCUUUUGGCCCACAUCCAUCUAAACCAAUUGUGAUAGUACCUGCCUCAACUACUUCCUCCAUAUACAGCGCAUUGCAUACACCAACCACCCUUUGUGUAAAAAAACAUUACCACUCAGCUUCCUAUUAAAUCUUUCCCCCUUCACCUUAAAGUGCAUGGUAGAGAUCAUUCUGGCUCGUUGCAUCGGGGCCUGGUUCGGCAACUUGAACGUCCAUCACCGGCUUUGACCUCCCCACCGUCGAAGGGAUCUAUCAUAGUCGCUGCCUCAAAAAGACAGCCAAAAUCAUCAAGGACCCACACCAUCCUGGCUACACACUCAUCUCACCCCUGCCAUCAGGAAGAAGGUACAGGAGCCUGAAAACUACAAUGUCCAGGUUCAGGAACAGCCAUCAGGCUAUUAAACACACCGAAUAAGCUAUGAGCUCUGGUCUGCAAAAGACUAUAUUAUUAUUUGUUAUUUGCACUAUAUUUGUUAUUUAUUGAACUUUUUCUUUUUUUUUCCCAUUAUGUACAAUGUUUACAUAUUCACAUAUUCUGUUGUGCUGCAGCUAGUAAGAAUUUCAUUGUCCCGUCCAGGACACAUGACAAUAAAAAACUCUUGUCUAUUGACUCUAAACCUAUGUCUGCUUGUUCUCGAUUCCCCUUCUCAGGACAAAAGACUGCAUUUAACCUAACAAUUCCUCUCAUGAUUUUGUACACCUUUAAAAGAGCACCCCUCAUCCACUUGUGCUAUAAGGAAUAGAGUCCCAGCCUGCUCAACCUUUCCCUACAGCUUUAGCCCUCGAGUCCUGGCACUUGAGUCCUGGCUUCCUUGGAGAGGCUUGACCAGAAGGUAGCUCACCACCAUCUUCUUGAGGCAAGUAGGGACGGGAAAUAAUGCUGGCCUUGGCACUGAAAUCACCAAAAAGUGUAUGAAAAACAAAGGAUUGGGACCGACUCUGACUUGCACAGACUCUAGUACUUCAGAAGAUAUGUGUUAGAAAGGAAUUUCCAUUUAAAAACUGCUUUCAUGUUCUUUUCAUAAUGUCCCCCAGUGUGCAUGCACUGCUGCAGUUGGUAACCACAAGCUUUAAGCUUCAAUAACCAUCAAGCUUCAAGCUCCUUGGUGCUAAUAUUACCAAGGAUGACCGUCGGCUCCUCCCACCACCUCUCCGUCCAGCUGCUGCAGGCUGCAAUCGAACCACUUGCUCACCCGGUUGUUGUAGGGUCUCCCACGAACGCUUCCACCAAACAUGACCCCGACCACAGCAAAUGCACUGUCCGUCACCUCCAGCGGCUGCCCCUCGGCUCCAUGAACCAUUAGCUUCCCUCUCAUCAUCUUGUGUAAACCAGUUCACUUAUGUUAAAUUGCCUCUCAACCGUACUUGGUCAAAGGAGAACAGCCUUCAUUUCUCCAGUCUAAACCUGUAGCUAAAAUCCCUCAUCCCUGUGUAGAUUUUUUCUGCACUCUCUUGAGGUCUUUUUGCAUCCUUCCGAAGCUGUGGUGAAAGAAUUGGACCGAGGUACAGUGAAAAGCUUUUGUUUGUGUAUUAUCCUGUCAAAAAAAGACAGUACAACCAAGCUGUCCACGGUGCAAUGAUAAAAGAUAAAAAGGGUGCAACCUUUGGUACAAGAUAUAACAUUGAAGUCCGAUGUAGUCUGUUUAAAGAAAGUUUAAAGGUCUCCAAUGAGGUAGAUGGGAUGUUAGGACUACACUCUAGCUGAUGAGAGGACUGUUCAGUUGCCUGAUAACAGCUGGGAAGAAACUUCCUGACCUGGGCCCCUAAUCCCUUAAUUCCCUUAGUGUCCAAAAAUCUGGCCAUCUGUAUGUUUCAAAUGGACAAUAGUCUCCAUUAAAAUAAUUAUUAAAGGAGUGUCCAUGGAAUCAUUUUCCCCUUCACCAGUUAAUAUCGCUCUUUUCUCAAUUCCAUAGAGCCAACACCUAUGGAAGCUAUUUUGCAUGAUGGAGUUGCGACUGAUUCCACUUCUGGCAGUGAUGGAAAACUACGGAAUUCAAGUCAAUAAAGAAGAACUGAAAAGAACGUCUGAACUGCUGGGGGUUCGCCAGAAACAGCUGGAGCAGGAGGCACAUCAGAUGGCGGGACAGCAAUUCCUACUGACCAGCAGUAACCAGCUGCGGCAGAUCCUGUUCGAAAAACUCCGCCUGCAUCUCCUUUGUGGGAAGAAGCUUCCAAAGACUGAUCUGAGGCAGCAGCAAUCAACCUCCGAGGCAGCGCUGCUGCAGCUGAAGGAACUUCAUCCGCUGCCUAAAAUAAUACUGGAGUAUAGACAGAUACGCAAGAUUAAAUCAACAUACAUUGAUGGUCUUCUGGCCUGCAUGAAGAAGGUAAAUUAUUUACUGUAUUUGACAUUUGAUGGACGUGGGCUGACGUGUUGUCAGCACACGGAGUUCAGAAGAACGUAAAUGAAUUAUUCAAUGUUCCCUGCUGAAGAAUGGGACAUGUGUUUCAUCGCUUCUUUCUUCCCUCCUCUCUAUCUUCCUCCCUGUCAUUUCCUUCCUUCAUUCAACCCAGCCUAUACUUCUCUGCAUUCCCUGCUCUCUCCCUGCUCCCAACUCCUUUCUAUCUUCUCUCCAAUCUUCUUUUCCCAGUUAUUUAUUUUCUCAGCUGUCCCUUUUCCUCCCUUUACUCUCUAUUUCCCUCAUCAUUCUCCCUCUCUUCAUCCCUUUCCUUCCCUCCUCUCCUUUCCUUUCUACCCUCUCUGCCCGUCCCCUCUCUGCUGUACUCACUCCUCCUCCGUUCUCCUGGCUACUCUCCAUCUUGUCCAGUCUCCUCUGCUCCCGUCGAUUCCACUGACAUCUUUCUUUCCAUCCUAUCCACUCCAUGUCAAAGACUAGAGGGCAUAGCUUUAAGGUGAGUCGGUCAAAAUUUAAAUGAGAUUUGCUGGGCAAGCUUUUUACACUGAGAAUGGUGGGUACCUGGAACGCACUGCCAGGGUUGGUGGUGGAGGCAGAUAUAUGAUUGAGGUAUUAAGAGGUUUUUAGAUAGACGCACGGAAAUGGAGGGAUAUGGAUCAUGUGCAGGCACCAGUGAUUUGUUUAUCUUUGCGUCACGUUAGACAGAGAUAUUGUGGGCCAAAGGGCCUGUUUCUGUGCUGUCCUGUUCUAUGUUCUCUCCUCCCAUGUCCAUAUUCUGUCUUCUCUAGAAUCCAUCUAUCGUCCUAUCCUCACUGUUCUCCUCUCUGCUCCUUUCUCUCCCACCCCCACCUCUUUUCCAGCUUUCUUCCCUGCCGGUGUGGGGUAGUUGGGCCGAAGGGCCUGUUUCCACAUUGUAUGACUAUGACUCUCUUUCUGAUUUUCUCCCUAUGUAUCUAUUCUCGUCCACUUCGCUAAUCUCUCUCCACUCGAUCGUUUCGACCCCUCCCCUCUCUGCUCUCCAUCCUCUCCGUUCUCUUUUCGACUCUACAUCCUUUCCUCUGUCCCCUCUACUACAGAUCAUCCCCAUG